GUUGUGCGCCACUUCUGAUCAGGCAGUUGCACAGUUCCAGGCGCAUCUUCUUCUUCCUCGACUUCGACUCGGAGAGAAAGAGAGCGCCAUCGGCAAGCGGAUACUACGUACACGACGGUGUGCAGGGAGCCAUGGGGACGGCGACGUUCGUGGAAGUGCUCCUCGCCAUCUUCCUGCCGCCGGUCGGCGUCUUCCUGCGCUACGGCUGCGGCGUAGAGUUCUGGCUGGACCUGCUGCUGACCAUACUGGGGUACAUCCCGGGGAUCAUCUACGCGCUGUACGUGCUGGUGGCGUGAGGGCCGGGGGUGCCGAGGCAGCCUUGGGCCGGGGAACGGACCAUGCCGCCGCCCGCCGGAGAGAGUACUACGAAUGGUGUAGUGUAGCUUGUACCUGUGUCUCGGUGACGUGGAUUCUGUCAGGGUGGCGACAAGCCUGGUGGUCCCUGGAGGGGUUCUGGGGGGUGUUCUGUAUGCUCGAGCAUUGUGCGUCGUUUCUUUCUUGGAUCGCAACGCAGCAUUGCAACUGCUGUAACGUAAAAAUGGGGUGUAUUGAUUUAUGUAUUGUCGCCGUUGCUUAUGGUGUGUUUACCGAUGCCU